GAGAUGGGUUGGUUGUUCUAGUCGAGACAAUUAUCAGACACCAAACACGCAGAUUGAGGGAUUGACUCUUCACGUGCAUUUUGUUCUUGUGCCGUCACAAGUGCAUCACAUCGCAUUCAGGCAACUUGCUGCUUGGCGCAUUGGCCACAUUUCACGCAAAAUGGAUCUGCUACCAAAUGUGUGGGGAGAGCACUACUGGCUUCCACCAAAUAUGACCUGGGAGGACAUGGAGCGGCUGGCCCCCUCGGAGCGCCCGCUCCCCCGAGACCUUUUCGUCGCAUUGCCCCUCGCUUUGGGCUUCGUGGGCCUGCGUUACAUGUUUGAGAGGUUCUGUGCCCCGGUUAUUGGCAGACGUUUGGGGGUGAGGAAUAGGUUGCGAGUGAGCGUGCCCCCCUCCCCCAACCUGGAGUCCUUUUACACGCAACAAAGAACACGGCCCACGCAGAGCGACAUCAUUCAUUUAAUGUCGCUGUGUGGCAAAAGCCAGCGGCAAAUCGAGACCUGGUUCCGACUGCGCCGCCACCAGGACAAGCCGUGUCAAACCAAGAAGUUUGGAGAAGCGGCUUAGAGGUUCUUUGUCUAUCUCACAGCCUUUGUGAGUGGGCUGGCCUGUUUGAUUGAUACCCCCUGGUUCUGGGACCUCAGGGAAUGCUGGAGCCAAUAUCCAGUUCAGUCCAUGCAAAGUCGUCAUUUCUGGUACUACAUGCUGGAACUUGGCUUUUAUGGUUCCCUUCUGCUCCGGAUCUCAGUUGACAUCAAGAGGAAGGAUUUCAAAGAACAAGUGAUUCACCAUUUGGCCACCGUGUUCCCGCUCAGUUUCUCAUAUUGUGCCAACUACAUUCGCAUUGGGACUUUGGUCAUGCUCCUUCAUGACUCAGCUGAUAUCUUACUCGAGUCUGCCAAGAUGUUUAAUUAUGGCUCUGGCUGGAAGAAAGCGCGUGACAUACUCUCUGUGGUUUUUGCUUCAGUGUUCUUUUUGACUCGAUUGGUGAUUUUUCCUAACAAGAUCAGGCACACAACCCUGGUACUUUCCAUGGAGAAUUGCCAACCCUUUGCUGGCUAUUACGUUUUCAACAUUCUCUUAAUGGUGCUGCAAGGUCUUCAUGUCUUCUGGGCUUCUUUAAUCUUAAGGAUGGUCCCUAAAUUCUUGACAGGAAAGAUGGAAAAAGAUGAACGCAGUGAUGAAGUCAGUGACCUGGAAGAAGAUAAACGGGAGGAGGCUGAAGAAGAUUAUUGUCUUACGGAAAGGAAAGGCACCCAAAGCUACAAACUAGCCCCCUUGAGUACAAAUUGUGUCCUUAAUAAUCUCACCAACCACAGGGCCUCAAUUUCUGGUAGAAUGUGUCAAGCUCGGUAGAGAUUUGAAAUAAAUUAUUUGGUGUAUUUUCUUUUUUUUUUUUGGUAUGGCCAAGGCGGCCUUUGAAACAGUGUCAAUCAAACCAGAAAUGGUAACGCAUUUGGUGUUAUAUCUUAAAA